UUUACGAAUCUGGCUCCUGAGAUCGCUCUCGAGAAGAAGUAAGAGUGUGCAGAUUCCAAUUCCCAAACAAUGAACCCCAAUCCAACACCCUCGCCAUACAUCAGGAAUGGUGGUGUUUAAUGCGUAGUGGGAAAUGCAACGUGCUACACAGACUGCUGAGGAACGUUGGUUGGAAAGAGCGGUGAAGGAAGAAUGCACAUGGGAGAAUCUUCCCAAACGACUCUAUCCAGUUGUGUCUUCAAAAGAAGAAUGGCACAAAAGGAUAAUCGAAUACUGCAUAAAGAAGAGGCUUAAAUGGGAAAUUUGUUUUGCUCGUAAAGUUUGUAAAGAAAAUGAAUAUUAUGAAGAUAUGAUGCGCUACUUGCAGAGGAAUCUAGCUCUAUUUCCAUAUCAUCUGGCGGACUAUGUAUGCCGUGUAAUGAGAGUAACAGCUUUCAGAUAUUACAUUGAUAUGAUUUUUGAAGUCAUGAAAAAUGAGCAACCUUAUGACCGCAUCCCGAAUUUUAGUGCUGCAGAUGCUUUAAGACUUACAGGAAUCGGGAGAAACGAAUUUAUUGAUAUAAUGAACAAGUGCAGGUCUAAGAAAAUAAUGUGGAAACUGAACAAGUCGAUAGCAAAAGACCUUUUGCCUACUCAACCUGUGGAUUUUCCAAUUGAACCGUGGUGGGCAGUUUGCCUUGUGAACCUUACCUUGGAGGAAUUUAAGAAACUCUCGAAGGAGGAAAUGGCGGCAAUAGACAAAGUCUGUUUGGAUGAUGCAAAUUCAUUUGUCACGUUUGAUCCUCACGUUAUAAGGGGUCUAUGCAGACGGGGACUAGUAUAUUUGGAUGUUCCUGUUUAUCCACACGACCGGUUUAAAGUUUCAAAGCUUGAAGGUUUUGUUUCCAACAGGGAGCAAACUUAUGAAGAUCCUAUUGAAGAGUUGUUGUAUGCAGUUUUUGUAGUUUCAAAUGAAAAUGUGACGGUUAGUGAGUUGGCAACAACCCUACAGGCUGACUUGUCACAGCUGCAGGCUGCUAGUGCUUUUGUGUGUAGAUUGGGAUGGGCAACAAAAGUGAUUGAUCCAGAAUCUAUUAUUGGAGAUUCAACCAUACUUGCAUCUCCUAUGAGUACAUUUAGUGACGAAGAUGGUUCUGUUGCUAGUCAAAACCAUGAUAAUACGCUUUUCGAGAAUGAUUCCAUUCAUCAAGCGGAUACCCCAGCUUCAGGGAACCAUGCAUCUCGUUCUUCCUACACUCGUGUUGCUUUCAUAGUUGAUGCUAAUAUUACAUCCUACCUCAUGAUGGGAUCUGUUUCACCAGGCCUGAAAUCUCAUGCUGUUACACUUUAUGAAGCGGGAAAAUUGGGUCAUGCGAGCAUUGCUGAUCUUUGCAAGGAUCUUAGUACCCUGGAAGGUGCAAGAUAUGAGGGAGAAUUACAGGAGUUUGCAAAUCAUUUAUUUAGUCUGCGUUAUGUCUUAGAAUGUCUUCAAUCAGGUGGAAUAGCUACUGAUGAAGAAGAGGAAGGCUCUGAUAACCUGAACAUGAUUACAUCAAGCAAUGAUGGGCCAAGUUCUGUGAUAGCUGAAAUUUCUUUGGAUGAAAAAUCAGAAGAGUCUGGUGUUUUACAGACUGUCAUGAGUAAUGGGGAUUUAAUAAAUUCUGUUUCAGGGAAAUUCGUGGAGGCUUCAGUGUACAGUGAAGGUGUUCCUAGUACUGGUAGUGGGAUGGAUGAUGAGGCUCAUUCCAGUACGUUGGAGGAAGGAAGUGAUCCUCACAUUCAGGAAGCUGACAAGUCACACACAAGUUUCCGUGAGAAUGAGAAACUACCAAUGUUUGAAGCUGACAAGUCACACAUAAAUUUCAGUGAGAAUGAGAAACCAGCAGUGUUUGAAGGUUCAGAUGUCAAGAUAGAAAUGCUGAAAAGGAAAAAGAUAUAUCGUGUGGACCUUCUCCGUUCUGAAAGUUUGGCUUCUCUUUCACCAACUACUCUUGAUCGUUUGUUUCUUCGUGACUAUGGUAUUCUUGUGUCCUUAGUGCCUCUCCCCCCUUCAUCAAUUCUUCCUAAACCUACAGGAGGCCCUGUUCAUUUUGGUCCUCCUGCAUAUUCUUCCAUGAGUCCAUGGAUGAAAUUGGUAUUAUAUUCAACUGCAGGUAGUGGGCCUCUAUCAGUUGUUUUGAUGAAAGGCCAAUGUAUGCGCUUGCUUCCUGCUCCAUUGACUGGUUGUGAGAAAGCCCUUAUAUGGUCUUGGGAUGGUUCCGCAAUAGGAGAUUUAGGAAGGAAGCUUGAAGGAAACAUGGUGAAGGGAAGUAUACUUUUGCAUUGCUUAAAUUCACUUCUUAAACAGUCAGCUGUGCUUGUGCUGCCUCUCAGUAGAUUUGAUCUUAAUCAAUCUGGAAAACUUAUUACUUUGGAUGUCCCUUUGCCUUUAAGAAACGCUGAUGGAUCAAUUGCCUCUGUAGGAAAAGAGUUAGGACUAGAGGAUGAAGAGGAAAAUUUUAAGCUGAAUUCGCUGUUGAAUAAUUUGGCAAACAAAAUGGAACUGUGGACAGUUGGUUAUGUUCGGCUAUUGAAACUAUUUAACGGAACAAAAUCAGACCAGUUCUCUUCCAUAGAGAAAUAUGAAUGGGUGCCAUUGAGUGUGGAAUUCGGGAUACCGCUAUUUAGUCCAACGUUGUGCAAUAGUAUAUGUAGAAGGAUAGUUUCAUCUAAGAUACUUCAAUCAGGCUCAUUUGGCGAACACCAUGAUGCAAUGCAAAUCUUAAGGACAAAGUUACGUGACAUUUGUGAUGAGUACAAUUCAACAGGUCCAGCUGCAAAGCUUCUUUACAAGAAAGAGGAAGAUACUGGACAACCUACGGACCAAGCUAGGGCAACAUGGAAUCCACUUAUUGAUAUUUCUCCCGCUUCAGGGGUGGUAUUGAGCGUGCGUCAGAGGUUAAAACUUGCUAACCAACAAAGCUGCCAAAAUGAAGUGAUGUGCUGUGAUGGCAGUGUUCUUAGAUCAUACGCAUUAACUCUUCCUCAUGAAGAUGCCACGAGCCCAGUAAAAGAAACCCCUGAAGACAAUAAGACAGAACCAGAACCUGAACCAGAAGCAAAUGAUAGUAAAGAAGCAACCCUUCCUGGCGUUAAUCUUAUUUUUGAUGGUUCUAGGUUGCUUCCAUUUGAUGUAGGAGCUUGCCUUCAAGCUCGCCAACCGAUAUCCUUAGUAAUGGAGGCAGCUACUGCCUCAAAACAUGUACCAUACAAAUAGAUUUGCAGUCAUUAAUCAUUAUUGACUACUUCACUUCAAAUCUUUUACACACGUGAAUGGGAAUGCUUGCUAGCAACUCAUGUUUAAUGGCACUGUGUACUUCUUCAAGAUUGAUGGCAGUUAAUGAGCGCAAAUUUGG